GUGAUCUGCAGAACAGCCAUCACGUCAGUGGCCCCUGGAGGAGUGAGCGCUUCGCCCGAGGUGGUCCCCGCCGAGCUGCAGCCAUGGGAAACACCGCCAGCGACCGGGUGUCCGGGGACCGUCACGGCGCCAAGGCUGCACGCGCCGAGGGCGCCGGCGGCCAUGCCCCGGGGAAGGAGCACAAGAUCAUGGUGGGAAGCACGGACGACCCCAGCGUGUUCAGCCUGCCCGACUCCAAGCUCCCUGGGGACAAAGAGUUUGUAUCCUGGCAGCAGGAUUUGGAGGACUCCGUAAAGCCCACACAGCAGGCCCGGCCCACUGUUAUCCGCUGGUCUGAAGGAGGCAAGGAGGUCUUCAUCUCUGGGUCCUUCAACAAUUGGAGCACCAAGAUUCCACUGAUUAAGAGCCAUAAUGACUUUGUUGCCAUCCUGGACCUCCCUGAGGGAGAACACCAAUACAAGUUCUUUGUGGAUGGACAGUGGGUUCAUGAUCCAUCAGAGCCUGUGGUUACCAGUCAGCUCGGCACAAUUAACAAUUUGAUCCAUGUCAAGAAAUCGGAUUUUGAGGUGUUCGAUGCUUUAAAGCUAGACUCUAUGGAAAGUUCUGAGGCAUCUUGUAGAGACCUUUCCAGCUCACCUCCAGGGCCUUAUGGUCAAGAAAUGUAUGUGUUUCGAUCUGAGGAAAGAUUCAAAUCUCCUCCCAUCCUUCCUCCUCAUCUACUUCAAGUUAUUCUUAACAAAGACACUAAUAUUUCUUGUGACCCAGCCUUACUCCCUGAGCCCAACCAUGUUAUGCUGAACCAUCUCUAUGCAUUGUCCAUUAAGAUAAAGAAACUAAGGCUCAGAGAAGGUCAAAGUGCCAGACAGUGUGAUGGUCCUCAGCGCAACCCAUCGCUACAAGAAGAAGUAUGUUACUACUCUGCUGUACAAGCCCAUCUGAAGGGAUCCCUUCUUGCCUCCAAGGAUUCAGGAGAAGCAUCUCCGUUGCCUUUCGGGACUGAACCAGUCUUACCUAAGACUGGAAGGCUGAUUUGCUUUGAGGCUGAUAUGUGUGUUUCAGAGCCUCUGAGUAGGAUGCUCUGCUUUUGCAUUUGAUUGCAGACGAGAGCUUUAUGAGUUCACGGAAUUUAUUUUAAGAAAAAAAUAUAUAUACAUAUGAGAAGAAGGUAAAUGGAAGCCUCCUAGCCGCAGCUAGAAGUAUUGUCUCUGCCUGUGGGUUUUCACCAAGACCUGUUUGGAGGCACUGCGGGAAUAACUAUAUAGGAAGCUUUUUUCCUAAAAUGAAAGAACAGCAGACUCUUAGGAUCCUUGCUGGGCGGAGGCUCUAUCACUGCUACCUGGGCUCUCCAAGGAAUGGGAUUGUGCUAGACGGCUGCCUCAUUGCAAGGGCAGUCUUUCUGCAUGGGUUCUCUGUAUUCCCAGAGUACGCGGCACAGUCUGUGUAUUGAUGUGAUACCAGCUGCCUCACAGGAACCCUUCCUUCUCAUUUCACAUUGUUCCUGGAACAGCCUCCCGUGCCUGACCCCUCGCUAGCACAAAACUCACUGGCUACGUGACUUUUUAGGGCACCUGACCCACCCCAGAGACGAGGGCUGCCAGAAGGUCUUUUUAGCCCAGCACAGGCCCAAGCCACCUGUAGUGCUUGCUUUAACUUCUCCGGAAAAUACGUCUCAGCAUUAUACGGCAGGCAGAAUGCAGAACAUCUGCUCUUCUGUUUGAGUUUGGUGCCAAGGUUCAGGCUGUACUGGCAAAUUCCCAAAAGUCUUCCCUCUUGGCCUGGCCCUACUUCAUCUCUUCUCCCUCAGCACACACUUCUGAAAGUAGGAGUGAAACCAGGGAGUACUCUCAUGUCUUUCAUCCUUGAAAGAUUUUUAUGUGCUUGCAUUUUUUUUUUUUUUAAUUUAAAAAAUACCUUUUCAUUGAUCUUAAGAGACUGCAUUGGAGAAUUUCAGGCUUUUGAUAAAUGCUUCCUCAAAUUCUCUUCUCUAGUCUAGCCCUCCGUGGUCUUAGAUUAAUAUGGCCAGCCCUAUACACAUAACUAAACACUGCUUUAGAUAAACUGCUCAGGUUCAUUUAACUCAUUGAACUUGAUGCACCUAACGAGUUCCCUCAUUUCAAAGAUGUGUUAGGCCAAGAAACAAGAGAGUAUUCCUAAUAUCCCCAACCAUGAAAAGCAUCAUGCUUUGUUAACUGUUAACUAAGUGUUAACAAGAUCAUUUUGUUCUCCGGCCUCUUCUUUUUAAAGGUGUUUGAUGAUGAAGUGGGGUCAUUGAUUUCCAUUUGUGAACUGAAAAAUAUUCAAUCGACUUUUGGGGUUCAGAGAUAAAAUAUUUUUGCUCAAGUGGCGGGGGCUCUUCCGUUUUACAGAUAAGAAGGCAAAUAUUCAGCACUGAAGGAGGCUAAACUGUUGAUGAAUGAGAGACUCCCUGACUGCUCAGAUGAGCCUAGCCACACUGAAAGGGCACCUCCAGGUCAGGUUAGCUACCUCCUGUCUUUCCCAUGCAAAGCGGACAACACAGUUGUCUUUGGGCCUGUAGACCUCUUGGGUCCCAGGUGUGAGAGAGUAAGGUAUGGGGUUGUUGUUUUACUGGGAUGCAAGUAACUAAAUGCUUUGGCGGUUAAUUGCUAAGAGUAAAUACUACUUCAGCCAUCUGAGGCCACCUUCUGCAGCGAAAGGCUUUUGUGGAGAACAUUUUAUGGUCCCAGACACUUGUUGAAUAGUGCGCCAUUUAAAAAUCCAGGCCAGAGCCUGUUAUAACCAACUCUCAGGAUUUAGCAUCUUCAGUUGUACUAGAGUUUUGUUCUUAUCCAAUACCCAUUAAAUAAGUGGGCCACUUAGGAAGAUCCAAAAUCUUGGUUGUUACAUGAAGUUUGUUAUAUUCAUAUUUCUUGUAAACAGUAUCAAAAUGUAGUAUCUACGUGUUCAGGUGUGAAAAUUUUUACUCCUCACAGGUGUAUCAGUAGAGGGGGGCAGGAAAAGAGAUCUCUUCAAUUUCUCUCAGGCCCAAGGCUUUUGUGAACUGGGUCUGCCUCCAGUGACAGAGGGUUUGGUGCUAGUGACCUUUAGAUCUUUCUAUCUGGAAAUGUGCAGAGUGUCAAUUUCCCAUGUUCGGAGGUAACUCUCAGCCAGAUGUGAAAUGGGAGCCUCCCAGCUGGCAUAGAAGGGAAUGGGUAGGAGGAACGGGGCGAUGACUCCUCAGCACUGCUCCUUUUCUAUACUGCUGAUGUAUCCCGUGGUUCUGAGAGGCCUUGUCUCGCUCUGCCUGGAAGAGAGGGAGGGAGAGAAGGAAGUAACCCAAAGCACUGCUCAUUCAUCCUCGUCUGUUGAUUAAAGGGAUAAUUAAUUUUAUGCAGGAGAGAGUUUGACAGAUUUUGAAAAUGACUAAAGGCAAAAAAAUCUUUUUUAGCCUUUUCUUUGCCUGUUGGAAUUUUAUGGAGUCAAAGUAGGCAGAAUAAAAAAUAGGUCUUCACAGGGGCUGACCCUUAAAGAACUGCAGCAUGGUUUUGGAGUUGUGGGGAAGAGAAGAGUGGCCGAGCUGAGGAGUUCAUAGGAGAAUAAAGGCUUGAGUAACGUGGAACAGAAAAUGUCCUCUUUGAAACGGAAAUUAAAUCAGACACCACAUGGUGGCGUCCUUGGAUAUCACUGUACAGAAUUAGAGUGUAAAACCAUCUUCCCUUUCAUCUUGUUCCAAUUCUGUUCCCUUUCCUCUCUAUUCUGCUUUAAGUUCAGUUGUCAGGCAGACUUUACCAGCGUGUCAGACGUUGUCUAAAACACAUGGGUUAGCCAUGCUGCUGGUAUGGAGAAAUUCCACACCAUGAUGAUUAGCCUCCUUUAAGCUUGGAAUUGGAUAGGAUUUAACCAUUCUAGGCCACACCCCUGGAGGGCAUACCUGACCUCAGUAGUGUUGGCUUUUUAAACGUAUACUUGUAUGGUAGAGAAACUUUGUAAAAGAAGAAUCCAAGAGAAGUUUGUGAGAAUCCUACAAACCCAGGCCCAUUCACUUUGCUCCAAUUCUUUCUUGUCUCCUGUAGAUCUAAUGGGUCUGGGAGAAAAACUUUGAAAAGUGGCAGUGUUCCAUGUAUGCUGUUAAAGUGACAUUAAGUUUGGAGAAGGGAUACCUCUAGACUGGGUUUCUAGUCAUCUGGAGUAUGAAUGAAGACAUAUUAACAGAAUUCCCUGCUUUUAACUGGGGAAACAGGGCUUUAAUAAUUUUGACCUCAACUAAAAAUGAUAUGCAAUAGUCUAUGUUUGUGUGUGUUUGAAAUUCAUUCUAUUCUCAGAGAUUUCUACAUCCUCACAUUCUAGUGAUUCAGGGCAUGGGCUUAACAGCUGAUGUCCGGUAUAUUCCCGCAUUAUUCCCGUUCAUCCUUCAAGCCCAGUUGUUGCUGUCUUCUACCAGGGCUGCUGACUCCACUUACCCACGGUAUGGAGGACCCGGGAGGGUAGCAACUGGGGUCUUGCGAAACUCUGGAUCUAAGCGUUUGUCUCUCCUUAAGUGCCAAUCACAAUUGGAGAUGGAAGGACUGUGAUUUCUGCAAUGAACCCAGACUUUUAGAGUAAAAAGCCAAAUCUUUUUUUAAAUUAUAAGAAGGAAAAAAAGAGAAAAACUCAAGUCUCUUACUUAUAGAGUCCAAUUCUUAGCAAUGGAAUCCUUCUGGGAUUCUAGUUUGGGCUUUGUCUUGAUUGGGUUUUCUUGAUUGUGCUUUUAAGUGAAUAAGCUUUAUUACAAAUUAACUUUUUAUUAGUUUCAAUAUUAAUUGGAGUUAACUUGAAUUAAUUGUAUGUAGCACAGCACUUUUGCAGUAAGACGGGUGUGAAAUACCAAACUAUGGAUUUUGUAGGUGUCAGGUUAAAUGGCCGACGGAUACCUACAUUAAGUAAUGUAUUAGGUAUUGGUGAUCUCACUUCUUUUCUGUUCCCCUCCACAGAACACUUACCCAGCCCAGCUUGUGGCUUUGGGACAGCCAAAGCUCACAGCUGUUGGCCAGUCCUAAUCUCUGCGUGGGUCUCACAUAUGAGACUUGUUUGAAUUUUGGUAAAUUGGAGCAUGCUGGUUGGUAUUACACGGCAGCAUUUCGAAUGAGUGCAGCUCUGUGUCUCUUGGAAAGGAGAGAGAUGACUCUAAUUUGAAGGGAGUUAAAUAUGUGAGUCCUCUUUUAAAUGGUGCUUUUUGUAACCUUUAGUGCUGAGGUACAGAGCUGCUUUUCAAUAUUUCAUAUAGGAGUGGAUACAGGAGUGGAUUUUAAAGCUGUUCUCCAAAUGUAAUUUGUCACUGGACUCUAACACACCUGGAAAUUAUAUGGCGUGACACAUACAGAAAUGUGGGUUUUUUCCAUAAAACGGUUUAAUAAAAUUAUUAUACAGCAAUAA